AUGUCGGGGACUGCUUCGGCGUCUCCCCCUUCGGCAAGCUCACCGGUCCGAACCCGCCGCGAUUCCAUCAACUCGAUAUCCGCCGCUUCCACCACCGACAAGGGCCAACUUGCCCACACACUUGACAAGAUACACACCUCUGCGAGCCAGUGUGACUCUCUCACCACCUUCAACGACUUUGCACCGCCCCCUACAGCGGCUCCAACCUCCGAAAGCAAAGGGACUGCAGGCGAUCUGGUGCAGCAAGGAUUUAGCGGUCUCUACAGUCGACUGAGGGAAGCUGUGGGUGCUGGAGGCUCUUCAAAAGCACCGCAAGAGCAAGCAGUGUCAGAAAAAUCGGAACCCUCUUCAAAGCGGACGUCGAUCGUUGGAAACCAUGCCUCGAAAGCUUCAAUCAGCUCGCUUAGUCGGGCUGACACAGGCGCAACCUUGUCCACUACUUCAUCCCAAAUCCCCCUCACGGCUGAUGGAGGCUCGCUUAACGCCGGUGUAGCUGCUGAGACACGUUCACAGCAAUCUCAGUCCUCAAAACCAUCGAGUAUCAGUCUCAUGUCAGGGCAAAAGUCCAACACCACCAGUCGUCAGAGCUUUUCCGGAAAGGCACCCAGUUCUAUUGCUGUUGAUCCUACGAUUGCUCCUGUUACGGUGCACAGGGAUGCUAGCCAUAGUACCCUACGCACUGAGGAAAGUGGUGGCAUAGGUUCAAGUCGAAAGAGUAUCAGCAGCAGGGCCGAUCUCCAGGCCCACCUCUCGACAGCUGAAUCGUCGGCCAACUUGUACGACUUGAAAGAUGGAAAACUACCACCCAGAUCGAAGCGGGAAGACACCUCGAGUAUCGACGAAAGUCUCAAAAGCCCAACAAGUCCAAGGCAUCCUCGUGCUCCUUCAAUACAGACUCGAAGUGUUCGUAGCCCGUCCAUUACCUCGUCCUUGUUAUCUCCCGACAGCAUCAGAAGGAAGCCUGCAGUCAUUGAUCGGAUCAGCCGGUCGAGGUCCCCUGGCGGCCAAGACUCAAGGGAAUCUUCUUUGGACCGAGGAACUGCAGAGCCCAGCCGCAUCAGCACUGUUGCCCACGAUUCCGUGUGCCAUGAGUCCUUCUCACAGGGCCCAAAGCCGCAAAAGAUGGCGUCGGGCGAUCUCAGGAUACCUGGCACAGCCAUCAGCAAUGAUGAGGCCUCUGAGCAGGUCAACGCACAGCUCACACGAAUGCGCAAGCAAGUUUUGAGCAAGGAGUUCUGGAUGAAGGAUGAUACCGUCAAGGAGUGCUUCCUUUGCCAAACUCCUUUCACCGCAUUCAGAAGAAAACAUCACUGUCGAACCUGUGGCUGUAUCUUCGACUCAAAAUGUACUACGGUCAUAUCGGGAGAGAAAUUCGGUGUGCAGGGUUCACUGCGUGUUUGCAAGCGAUGUCUCGAUGUCAUCACCAAGCGUUUUGAUGGGAGCGGUUCCGACGACUCGGGAGAUGAGCAGUCCUUUAUGCCGAGAUUCUUUGGCACCAACCACGCCAAGACCCCCAGCAAUGCCAGUCAGUCAAAGACAAGAGAGAGGGAGCCCGAAUCCGGAGUUGCAUCAGAAGGCUCAGAAGACUCCCGGCCUGUAUCUACCCCCAUGAUGACUAUUCCUGCAACACGCCGCAUCGGGGAAUCACGUACCGCUGCCGUCCUUGAAAUCGACGCACCUCAGCUCAGCAGACCAGGCUCAUCACGAUCACUCAAAUCGCUGACUGGGCGCCCUCACUCUUCUGCAGGCCACAAACGACACCAUUCCAAGCACAGUGGCUUCCUCGGCCGCUUCAAGCCUGCCCCUGAGGAGAGGGCGCCCUUCCGGCGAGGAAUUGACGAUGAGAAUGCUAAGAAGCCAAAGUUUCCUGCCUUUCAUGCCGAUAACAUCAUUGAUCCGGAGCUGGCUGAUUACAUGUCUGACGAGUCAAGUGAGGAUGAGCAGAUGGGCAUUUUUGCAACAAUGACUGGUGACUUGCAGCCUGGAAGUCUGGGCGACGACAAGUCGGAACUCGCACCUUAUGUGAACGCUGGUAGGAAGUAUCGUCACAGAGCAGGCGAGAAGAGCAUCAGCGGGAUGAGUUUCGUAAGCAGAGGGGGAUUCGAUGAACUUCCCAGUAGCCUCGUUGGGCAUCGACGGGCACCGAGGCGGCGUAACACCAGCAACGUCAGCGGCAGUAUGCAUCACCUCCCGUCGCCACGCCCGAAAUCUGCCGUGUUCAAGGGACCGUCACAAUCGUCCGAGAUGCUCUUUUCUCUGGACACUCCCCAUCAAAGUGGAAAUCAGAUCACUAGGAGUGAUUCGCUACAGCACAAGAAAGCGCCCAAAGCCGAACUCAACUCGUCCAGCCUGAGACACGUCGACAAGCUCUUGCAUCAGCUACUGGACGAUGCCGAAAUAUCAAACCCGCCAGCAUGGCAGAAGGCACUGGUCCCGAUCCUUCUGCGGGCAACAGACGACGUGGAUCCAGAUGUGGCCAAGGGAGAAGACAUGGACAUUCGGCACUAUGUCAAGCUGAAAAGAAUCCCUGGAGGCAAGCCUGGCGACACGGCCUACAUUUCUGGGGUCGUUUUCACCAAGAAUCUGGCCCUCAAGAGCAUGCCCCGCAGGAUCACCAAUCCACGAGUGCUGCUUGUCACAUUCCCUAUUGAGUAUCAACGGCACCAACAGCAUUUUAUGAGCUUGCAGCCCGUCAUCGAGCAGGAAAAGGAGUUUCUGCGAGUUGUGGUUCAGAGGAUCACGAAUCUUCGCCCUCAAGUUCUCCUUGCCGAGAAGAGCAUCUCGGGUGUUGCGUUGCAGUAUCUCUCCGAGGCGAACAUCUCAGUGGCCUACAAUGUUAAGCACACGGUCAUUGAGGCGGUCGCUCGGUGUGCUGAGACGGACAUCAUCUCUUCCCUAGACAUGCUGGCCUUGCCCGUACAGAUUGGGCGAUGCUCUAGUUUUGAAGUCAGAACGUUUGUGAACAAUGACUAUCCGGGCCGCAAGAAGUCGUACAUCUUCUUGUCUGGUUGCACGCCGGAGCUUGGCUGCACCAUUGCCCUACGCGGCGCCAACAGCAUGGUGCUGUCCAAGGUCAAGCACAUCAUGGAGUUCAUGGUAUAUGUCGUCUACAACCUCAAGCUUGAGUCGAGUCUUCUUCGAGAUGAGUCGAUCGAGCCUCCGGAAGGUGGCGACUCCAUGACAAGCUCUUUGCAUCUUCUGGGUGAUAGCAUCAGGUCGUUGAGCGUCAACAGCGUCGAUCAUUCUAAGGACGGUCCAGCUGUCGUGGUCAACCAGCCUCCAGGAGAGAGCGAGCCGCCUUCGCAAACAACUGUGGACAGCGCUAGCAUUGCUGGAACGGAUGAAACUGGAUCUUUGAAUCAAUCUGGGCAACUUGCCCAAGAACGCGCCAGACUCGUUUCUCUCCAGGAGCACGAUCCCGCUGUUCAGGAUCAGACCAGCCAAGUUCCAGAUGAUGUCCCUAUGCCCACAUACUAUAGCGACAUGGUGGCCAAGUAUGAGACCAAGAUCCUAUCUGCCUCACCGUAUGUCAAGUUCACGCAGCCAUACCUACUGAUGAAGGCUCGUGAACAGGAGAGACGACUGCUCUACUUGCGGAGACUCCGUGACCACGACUACUAUGAAGAGAAGGGUGACCCGGAGAAAGCAGAGCCGCAGCGCUUCCAGCUUAUCAAGCCCGAAAUGGUCGAGGAGAUUGGCCAGAAGGCGCCACAACAGAUCAUGGAAAUUCUUCGCGCUGUCCACGACGCUGAGUACGACAAGGCCUUGUACAACUACGAAACCCAUACCCGUCAGUGGGAGACGUACAUCCAAGGUAACCUCGAUCUGUUUGACCCCUACUCGCAUCAGAACAUUGUUGUUCUGUAUUCAGUCAUCUGCACCGAGACAAAGAUCCCAUGCACUGAGCCAUCUCUCGUCGCCAUCAACUUCUACGAUGAGCAGCACAUUGACACCGGCAUGGACCCUGACUGUACCCUGGGACAGUACAUUGAGGAUCUCGCAUAUACCAUGGACCAGGUCUGCACAUCAAACGGCUGUGAACGCAAGAUGCUCCAGCACAACAGAACCUAUGUGCACGACCAGUCCCGGAUCACGGUCUUUGUUGAAAAUGUGCCCAACACCUCGACACGGCCCGAGUUUGCAGAUGGGAUCACAAUGUGGACGUAUUGCAAGAUCUGCAAGAAAGACACUGAAGAAACACUCAUGUCUGAGGCUACCUUCAAGUACUCUUUUGGUAAAUACCUGGAACUCCUUUUCUGGGGCCGCGGUCUCAGGAUGAAGGAUCUGCACGACUGUCCUCAUGAUCACCAUCGAGACCACGUUAGGUACUUCGCCCUUCAAGAUGCGAGAAUUCGUAUUCACUGGGACCCCAUCGAUCUGCUGGAAAUCGUCGUGCCUCGAGCAAGAAUCACCUGGAAAGUCACGAAUGAUCUCAAGCUCAAGAACGAGAUCUUUACCAGGAUGGAGGAGAGAUGGGCCAAGUUCAUGACCUCUGUCAAGUCUAGGCUCAUGUGCAUCCGAAUCGACAGUGUCCUGCCCGAGAAGGCAGAGCUUUGCAAGGCAGAGGUUGAUCGCCUAACGGCAAAGGCCAGGGAAGACCAGCCGGCUAUGGUGAAGAGGCUACAAGACAUCUACGUCAACUCCAAGUACUACGAGGUGGUGCCUUUCAACAGCAUCGUCCGCGAGAUGCUGGAGAAGGCGGGCGAGUGGGACCAGGCGUUUGCCACAUUCGAAGCAGACUUUUUGGGUGACAAGGAUAUGCGUCAGUUGACCAUCAUGCAGCUCAAGAAGAUGUUUACGGACAAUGAGUCGAAGGAGUCGCUUGUAUCGAACGAAGGCACGCCAUCGACUGUUGAUAGUGAGGAGCGGCCUUCGCAGACAUUCACUGAGGAAGAAGGGAAGAGCACUCAACCGACGGACUACACUGACAACACUAGCAUGGAGGCCAGUGUCGCUUCAACAAAGCCUACCGAAGACAAGGAACAAUCGCCUGAGGACGGCAAGGUUGAUAUCCCUGCUGAGGGGGCUAUCGAGAGAGUAGAGCCAUUGGACCUGGCUCGCACCCCAUCGACAACUACCCACGAACCUCCUGAUCUCUCUCAGCCAGAACCUGAACCAGUGGAAGAACCUGAGGGGCCUAAGCCUUCAGAGCCCGAGGUUCCCAAAUCUCCGGAGCCUCAGGAUGUGCCAGCUCCACUAUCACCAUCUGUGCCUGGUGAGAGCUCCAAGACAUCAGCCGAGCCGCUCACCCUUCCCGCGUCGUCCUUGCCUCCUCCCGGACAGUCAUUGUCGGAAAGAGUUGAACAGCUGCGACGGGAGCAAGGCAUUCAGCCAAACCAACCUAGUCAUGGGGCCGCCACGCCACUUGCGGCUCUCCCGUCUCGUAAAUCAGGACAGAGCAUUUCACCUCCCAUGGUCAGGGCGAUCUCCCACCCCGCCCGCACACUGCCUAGAACACAGUCAGGGAUUGGUAAGGGUCUCGGAAUUAAAGAAUCCAAGACGAAUCCUCCUGAAAGCACUACCCCCGAGUCGUCCGCGGCCGAAGGGUCGAUCAGAGUGGAUAAGAAGCUCUCAGAUCGUCUAGGCCUGAGCAACCUGAAGAACCGGGGCAAAGCCACUGCGUCGAGUAUACCACGAUUUGUUCACAAGAAGAGGGAAUCAAAGGUAUCAACUCUGGCGAGGCAUUUUGAGCAGCUCAGUCGGGAAUUUGAAAAGGAACGCAUCCGAGACCGCAAGAAGCGUGCCGCGAGCAUGCGUCAACCGCGAGCCAUGCUCCCUAGGACCACCACCAAGGCCAUUGUGGAGGUCUACGAUGAUGUGAAUGAGGCUUUUGAGGAGCCAAGCCCCCCUGGUGAGAGUAUUGCGGAGCGUGAGGCUGAGCAGCGAUCUGUGAGCAUCGCCUCGCGUCAUUCUGAUGCACCGGCCAAGAUGGAGCCCCCUAGCGAACCUCCAACUCCUGCCGAGCCAUCAUUCAAGAUGGACGAACAUCAACCAAAGGAGAAGGAAGAGACCACGGGGAAGGAGGGCAAGGAAGAGAGGGAAGAAAAAGAAGAGAAUGACGACGCGACUGCCGCAACCACCAGCCAAUGCCUCUCAGACGACGAGGAGAGAGGUGGUGACCUUGAGCACUCUGUUCCGGACGAGUAUCUACACGACAUCAAGGAGAUUGCCGACUCUGUGGACGCGAGUGAGAUUCCUCUGGAGCUGCCCAAGCACCAAAAGACCAGCCUGAUGAAGUAUCUCACCAACUUCUGGGCCGAACGCUCGGCAAGCGGUUGGCAGCCACUCGAAUACCCUGUCAACGCGACUGACCACAUUUUUGUCGACUCUGAUAUCAUUGUUAGAGAGGACGAGCCUAGCUCAGUGAUUGCUCUCGCUCUCAACAGUGAAGAUUACCAGGGCAAGCUGGCUAACAUCCGACGAGAAGCUCAGGAGGUCAUGCAGCGCGAGGUUGAAAGUGGCGGCGACACCGAGCCUAAGUCUGUCCCCUCAGACGGCACUGACUGGGUGUCUGAGACGGAGCUGGAGAAGAGUCUCCUCCGUGUCACUGGGACGCAUCUCAAGUACCAGUUCCGCGAGGGGUCUGCCACGAUGACGUGUAAGAUCUUUUACGCAGAACAGUUUGAUGCGUUGAGGAGGAAGUGCGGUGUUGCAGAACGCAUCGUUGAGUCGUUGUCCCGGUGUCUUAAGUGGGAUUCCAAGGGUGGCAAGACCAAGUCUGUGUUUUUGAAGACGCUUGACGACAGACUGGUGUUAAAGUCCCUCUCGCCUAUUGAGACAUCAGCGUUCUUGCGCUUCGCCCCAGGCUACUUCAACAUCAUGGCCGAAGCCCUGUUCCACGACCUCCCUUCUGUGAUCGCCAAGAUGUUGGGAUUCUUCCAGGUCUUUAUCAAGAACCCUGUCACUGGAACGGACAUCAAGUUGGACCUGUUGAUUACCGAGAACCUCUUCUACGACCGAUCAGCAACCAGAAUCUUUGAUCUCAAGGGUUCUAUGCGCAACCGCAAGAUCCAGUCGACAGGAGAGCAGAAUGAGGUGCUGCUUGACGAGAACAUGGUCGAGUACAUCUAUGAGUCGCCGCUCUUUGCACGAGAGCAUUCGAAGAAGCUGCUACGGGCUUCUGUGUGGAACGAUACGCUGUUCCUGGCAAGACAGAAUGUGAUGGACUAUUCCCUUAUGAUUGCCGUCGAUGAGGCUCGCAAGGAGCUCGUGGUUGGCAUCAUUGACUGUAUCCGUACGUACACAUGGGACAAGAAGCUUGAGAGUUGGAUCAAGGAUCGCGGAUUCGCUGGUGGAGGCCGCAACCGACCUACCGUGACGAGUCCGAAGGAGUACAAGUCCCGAUUCCGAGAGGCGAUGGCUAGAUACAUCUUGCAAGCGCCCAACUGCUGGCACCUCUUUAAUAAUCCUCAGUACCCACACUACUAUGGGCGGGCUAGGUUCGAGGAGCCUGAGAUGCUUCGGUGA